AAACAAGGAAGCGGACGUAGUGAUAACAGGACGCGGCUAACAAAGCCAGCUAGGAGAAGCAGCCCAGCAAAACUCUCUGUUUUACCCGUCAGGUUCCUCCAGAAACAACCAGAGAGUUAAGCCCAGCUCCGGGUGGAUGUCCAGGCAGGCGGCGGGCUGCUGUCAUGUUGUCCGGGCCGGAGCCUCCUUCCUCCAGGCUGCUGGUGUCUCUGGGACCCGCUAGUUCCGCCUGAGCUGCUCCCAGCCGCCGCUGCUGCUCCGCUCUCCUUGGCCGCUGUGGGACUCUCUGCUCCGGGCAUGGCGCUGCAUGGCGUGUCCCAGGACCCCCCCCAUGGAGCAGGGGAGGGCGGGGAGCUGGCUCACACCUUAUCUAAAGAGACCCUGGGGUCUCCAGAUGCCUCUGAGCUGGGGAGCCCGCGCUGUACAACCAACUUUGACCUCCUGAACAUGGUGGUGUCCUAUAAGAGAAUGGCUCUGUUUCUGGAGCCGGCUGCAGACGCAGUGGAGCUGACCCGCUUCCUGCUGGGAUGGAAGAUGCCGCUGUGCUCUCUGCUCGUCUGUUUGUUCCUCGAUGUCUUCUUCUGCACUGUUAAUGAAGUGGGUUGGAUCACUGUGGGCGUGGUGGCGGUGGCGGCGCCGGCUGCCCUGGGUUACCUGCAGGACAGGUGUGGGGGCAGAGCCUCAGACGCAGAGCUCCACAGGAUGAGAUAUCACGCUGUGCACCGACGGGACCUGCUGACCGUUCAUCUCACCAAACAGGAAGCCAUGCUGGAGGUCAAAGACCUGUUGAAGCACCUUGAUGACAUGUUGUCCUCUGCCUGUCUGACAGCAGAAACCUUCUACAAGGUCCUUUACUGGGACAAUCACACCAAGUCAUCAAGGUUCUAUGGAGGGCUGCUGGUGUUGGUGUGUCUGCUGUACGUGGCUCCGCUGGGCUGGGUGUUCGCUGGCCUCAACACCACCAUCUUCCUGUGGAACAGAGACUUCUGCAGAGUGUUAUUGGACCUGAGGAAGCUGUUCCAUGCGGGCCAGGCCGAGGCCUCGGAGGGCCAGAGGGAGGAGCAGGAACACAGCAACCUGUUGGACCGGACCCCCACACCGACCAGUCUGGAGGACCUGUCUCCGGGCAGUGUGGAGGAAGCUGAAGAGGCGGAGCCUGAUGAUGAAUUUAAGGAUGCUAUUGAGGAACAUUCAGUGUCCCUGCAGGAAACCCCUCUGGUGUUAGUGGAGGAUGAUGACGGGCCUCUCGGAGCUCCAGAGUAUGACACCAUCUCUGAAAACGGUCUCUUGAGCCGCAACGAACCGAUACGCAGCAAAGUGUCCAAGCUGACAGAGAAGCUGCGUAAACGCUAUCCCACCACCGCCACAGGUAACUGUUCCAGCUGCAACGCCGUCUUCUCAGUGCUGAAGAAAAGGAGGAGCUGCAGUAACUGUGGCAACAGCUUCUGUUCCCGCUGCUGCUCCUUCAAGGUGCUGAGGUCCUGCAUGGGGGCAACAGCUCCAGAGGCCCAGAGAGAGACUGUGUUUGUCUGUGCUGCCUGUAAUUCUUCUCUCAUCAAGCUGCAAUGAGCCGGUAGUCAGUCCUUCUCCCAGUUCUCCCAGUGGCCAGCUGGAGGCCAGCCUCUCUCUGCCCUCCAGCCCCAGUAACCGGAUACCUAACACAUGCCUUAAGGCACUUUUAUCUGUCCAGAACCCCUCCAUGCCUUCAGCACUCGCAUUCCUCCUUAACUACUCGUGUUGCUUAUGGGACUUCUACUGUAAUAUGUUAAAUAUUUCCUCUUUCAAUGAACCGUGAAUGAAGAACUGGACCUUUAUUAAUCAGUAAGACUUGCUACAGAGCACAACGGCUCCAAAAAAUCAAAGGAUCUUUCUCUUUGCUGAGCAGAGGGAGCUGCAGCAUGCAGGGUGGAGGCCAGGGUGGAGGCCAGGGUGGAGGCCAGGGUGGAGGCCAGGGUGGAGGCCAGGGUGGAGGCCAGGUUGAACUUGUCUGGCUUGGUUUUGGUUUUAAUGCUUCGGCUCCCCACAACGUUGAUUCCAAUCGAAUGUGGAUCUCUCCAGCCCUGUGUAGCAGUUUAAUCGUACUGUAAUGAGAAGACUUCCUGUAUGAACCAGACUGAGGCUGGCACUGUACAAAUAUGGCAUGUUUUUAUUUAGAGCGGUGAUGAAUGCAAAGGGGGGCAGUGUGAAUCUGGUUUGUUCAGAUGAACAAAGUAAUGGAUGUAGAGCAGAAGAAGCUCCACGUGGCUCUGACUGCCAUCGUGUGCACAGGCUGCUCAGCCAUGCUUCUCCUGCUGUCACCAGUACAACCAGUACAACCAGUACACUGGGACCUGCAGCUGGUCAACAGGGUCAUGUGAUCAGCUGUGGGUUUGGGAACCCCUCCCCCGCUAGAGGAGCUUACAAGACGUAAGGGGAAUAUAUAUAAAAGCCGUAUAACAAUGGUAACUAUGGCAGUAAAGGUAAAAUGCAUGGCCUAAUGACCCACAUCACAUCUAUGACAGGUUGCCAGUUUUGGUGUUCUGGAGGUUAAUGACGUUUUGUUAAAAUAUCUUCAGCUCGGUCAACUUGUAAUGAUCAAAUUGGUGCUUCAUUUUGGUCGCCAUUUUUUCUGUCUGGACAUGUCAGAUUUUAGGACUUUAAGUCAGAAAGUGCUGCAGGAGCCUGAGCCUGUGUUUCCCUCUAACUGGAUCAAAGUCGACCCAACUGGAUUAGAGUCAAUACGUGGAGCAACUCAGCAACCAGCUGAAAUCGUUGUCAGAGCCUCACAAUCUUGCAAGCGGGACUUAAAAGAAUUGAUGUGGAGGCGUUCUGACCCUGACUGUGGUGGAAAAGUUGUUUUAAUCCUGAUUCAGACACAGAUGAUUGUAAUAGUUUGCUUUCAUUGUAAUCAAAUUUCAACUGUUACCAUAAAUUGUUCUACUAUAUCUAAUAUAUUUAAUUUAAAACUCCAGAAAGUGCAAGUUAUUAUUUGACCUAAUGAUUAAGUCUGUAUAUAUUGCUCUUAUUUUAUGGAUUACAUAUGCUAUUAUUAAAAAUAAACUCUGUGAUGAUUUCAUUAACUUAAAGUCA